AUGGAAAUUCAUGAUCAUGAAGAGAAACAAAAACAACAACAUGAAGAGAAACAACACAACAAUGUAACUUUAGAUUUGAAGAUAAAUAUUCCAUUGUACGAGGAAGAGCAAGAUAUUGAUUCAUUAAACGAUGGUUUCAAGACUCCAACAACCAUGGAACACAAAAUUCAAGCGAUUCUUCCACCUACACCUAGAAAGCCAAAACAACAUCGUCCAUCCAAGAAACGAAAAGGUUGUUUUCGCCAUCAACUUAUUCUAGAUCUAUCUCAAGAUAUCGAAUCCAUGAUUUCCACUCCUUUAGAUUUGGAUCUUGAUCCUGUUGAUAAGAAUCAUAAGAAGGUCAAACGUUUUUAA